AUGGGCACUGCAGAUCACUGCAGCUCCCAGCGCUAUGACAGCGCCACCAUAAACGCAACACCUAAUAUCGGCUUUUUGUACUAUGGUUGCAUCGUACGUGAUCAGGAAAAUACCUCGUUAGACGGACGGCUUUUAACAAAAGCAAAGAGGGUCAAGAUUGAGGAAGAGAAGCAAGGCCGAUCAAGGCACGGCACGAUCAAGGUUCGAAUGAUAAAUUGUCCGCAGGCCUGCUUAGCGGAUCGUAAGGAAGACAUUGCCACUGGCACUGGAAUUCGCCUACGUACAUGGAAGUACGUCUGCCAGCAGAAUUUCAAUUCGACGGGUACGAUGUUGACACAUCAAAGUAGAGCCAUAGCAGUUGCUGCCUUAUGUGAGGCCGAUGUGGUGAGACGCACUGAAACCGUUGUCAAACCAGGGGCUAUCCUCUUUGGGGUUAAGUUUAUCCGAGUUUGGCGUGCCCGCCAUAACAGAAAGCUUUCAAAAACCCCUGAAAAUACAUGUGCAAUAUUCCAAGUCAGUGAGCAGAUGCAUUAUGCUUCUUCUCUUACAGUCAUGAUUCCACAGUCACACCCGAAUCUAGAAGCCAGAAGAAUAAUUAGGUUAUAA